UAAGUAAAGGGCGAUCUGCAAAGAGAACGAGACCAGACGGAAACGAAGACGUAUAAGAAGCUCCCUUUCUGCGUUAAUUGUGGACAGAGCCAUUAUAGGACUUUUCCAUCCAACUUGAGGACAGUGAAGCUACCGAACUAAACGCGACAGUGUCAACGCUGGGUGUGUGUGUAUGUGCGUGAUUUUUUUGGAGCGUCAGGAUUUUUCUGUGCCGCGUUUUGUGCGUCAUGACACGAUCUGGUUGAUAGUUGGACUCCAAAGUUUCAGCGAUCUCGCUACAGGUGGAGGACUUUUUCUUUCUUUAAAAAAUAAUAAUAAAGCCGUGUCGAGCGCAGAGAACCGAUGACGGCCGAGGUCCAGCAGCCUUCCGUGCAGCCGCCUGCCCAAAGCAGCCCGAUGUCCGCGCCCGAGAAAGCGCACGCUCAAUCGGCGGCCAUGGACGCGGCCUCUUCCACCACCAAAGCCAAAAAGACAAAUGCCGGCAUUCGGCGUCCUGAGAAGCCGCCGUACUCGUACAUCGCGCUCAUCGUCAUGGCCAUCCAGAGCUCUCCGACAAAGCGUCUGACGCUCAGCGAGAUCUACCAGUUCCUCCAGAGCCGCUUUCCGUUCUUCCGCGGCUCUUACCAAGGCUGGAAAAACUCCGUGCGCCACAACUUGUCCUUAAACGAGUGCUUCAUUAAGCUGCCCAAGGGGCUCGGGCGGCCAGGGAAGGGCCACUACUGGACCAUCGACCCUGCGAGCGAGUUCAUGUUCGAGGAGGGCUCUUUCCGGCGCAGACCGCGCGGAUUCCGGCGCAAAUGUCAGGCGCUCAAGCCGUCAAUGUAUAGUAUGAUGAAUGGCCUCGGGUUCAACCACCUACCCGAGUCUUACAACUUCCAGGGCAGCGGUGGAGGCCUGUCCUGCCCGCCAAAUAGUUUAUCCUUAGAGAGCGGGAUUGGGAUGAUGAACGGACAUUUGGCAGGCAACAUGGAUGGAAUGGGCCUGGCGGGACACUCCAUGUCUCAUCUGUCGGCCAACAGUGGACAUUCCUACAUGGGGAACUGUACGGGAUCCACAGGCAGCGAUUAUCCCCAUCACGACAACUCAGCCUCGCCCUUGCUCUCCGGCGGUGGAGUCAUGGAGCCGCAUCCCGUUUACUCGAGCACGACCUCGGCGUGGGCGCCCGCGCCCUCGGCUUCCCUUAAUAACGGAGCGUCUUAUAUUAAACAGCAGCCACUGUCUCCGUGCAACCCUGGUGCAAAUCCUUUACAGCCUAGCUUACCGACACACUCUUUGGACCAGUCAUAUCUGCACCAGAAUGGACACAGCACGACCGAUCUGCAAGGUAUUCCCAGGUACCAUUCCCAGUCUCCCAGCAUGUGCGACCGGAAGGAGUUUGUUUUCUCUUUCAACGCCAUGACAUCUUCAACUAUGCAUUCACCUGGAAGCGGCUCUUAUUAUCAUCACCAACAAGUCGCCUAUCAGGACAUCAAGCCUUGCGUGAUGUGACAGCACUGGUAAUGAUUUAAAGACUGAUUAAACACUGAUGAAGGAGCCACGGAGCCUCUGCGGUGGGAAAAAAAUAACAGUAAGAACAAAAGGGCUUAAAAGGAGCGCUGGACAGGACAAAAAGGGAAGAAAGGAUAACUGCGUUCUAAAUGACAGGCCACGUCCAGAUCAAAAUGCGCAGUGAUAAAAAAAAAAAAAAAAACUCGGUACAAAACCACGCAAAGGAGAAAAACCGGGUACCUUACAACCGUGUCGGGUGUUUUCCACCACCAUCACCACCACCACCAGUUUUUCAAACAGUUUAUGAGGUGUUGUGUGCCAAAUGUAUUCAAGCUAUUUCCAAAUAAAACAGCGUAAAAUAAUUCUGAACUUAUGUGCAUCUCAAUGCAAAAAAAGAGCUGAAAAAAGAAAAGGAAACCCGCUUGGUACUAACUCUGCUGGCGGAUGGAUACCACUUGAGUGUAGAUUGUGAGUGACUGUCAUGUGUAAUGUCCUGGGUUUCAAUUGCCAGGAUUGAAUUUUGUGGGUUUUUUUUAAGUGAAAAUUGUAUUUUUUUCGUUUGUUUGUUUUUAUGUAAGCUUAUAUAAAUAUAAAUUUUAAUUCAGGACAAGCUGUUAUCUGAUCAUACAUAGUGAAUUAGAAAGUGCAAGUAAAAGAAUAAUUAUCAUAGUUCAUGGAAGGAAAACGAAGGCACUUUUAAACCUACAAGCGCAACUUUUAUUUAUUCUGUUUAUAUCUGGAUUGUAUAAUUAUAGCCCUAGUAUUGAACGCUUUAUCGGCAAUAUUUGCCCAGACGCUGUCAUAUUCCGUGUAAACAAAAAAAAAAUGAAGGUUUAAUGUAA